AUGAGUGCGUCACAAGUGGAAAUGUUCAACAAAGCGAGCUUCCUCACGCGUCUUGUCGCCUCGUCGAUUCGGGUGUCGGAAGCCGCCGGAGGCAUUAUAAAAAAUGUAAUGGCCGGCGGUGAUCUCAAAAUAAUCGAUAAAUCAGAACAAUCGGGUACCGGAUACGAUCCACAAACCGAGGCGGAUCGUCGUGCGCAAUACUGUAUCGUUCAGUCUCUGCAGAAGAAUUUUCAGAAUAUCACGAUUAUCGGCGAAGAGGAAGACACCACGGCGUGCCCGGAGCUCGAAAUGGGAUUCAAUGAAGACGUGCUCUUUACCGACCGUCUUAUGAGCAAUGAGUUGAAAGAAAUUAAAGAGAACGAAGUGGUCGUUUGGGUUGAUCCACUUGACGGAACUUCUGAAGUGGCACUCGCCGUCAAGAAUAAGAAUCUCGCGUUGUUGGAACAGGUCACCGUUCUCAUCGGAAUCGCCUAUAAGGGACGUCCGGUUGCUGGAAUUAUUCAUCAACCGUAUCAUUCGACGAGCGGAAGAACUGUUUGGGCGAUUAGAGGGUGUGGGGUGCAUGGAUUGGUUCCGGCUACUGAAAACGCUCAAAAAGUGGUCGUCACAACGCGAAGCCAUCUCAGCGAGUCGGUCUCCAGUGCUCUCGAAGCGCUCAAACACAAAAAUCUGGCGGAUAGCGUCGAAAAAGUGGGCGGAGCCGGAUUCAAAGUGCUGAAAGUGCUGGAAGGAUGCGCCGCGUAUGUGUUCGCAAGUGCCGGAUGCAAGAAAUGGGACACGUGUGCAGUGGAGGCGGUCCUUCACGCCGCUGGAGGCAAAUUGACGGAUAUUUCUGGAAGAGACAUCCGUUAUGAGUCGGAUGUUCAGUUGAAUAACACGGGCGGUGUGUUGGCGACGGCGCCGUGGGUCAAACAUCAAGAAUAUGUCGAUACGAUCCCGCAAGAGAUCAAGAAUGCACUGCCGGAGGUGUCAUCGAAGAAAUAA